AUGUUCGAAGUCGUAGCUUCUCAAGCAUUUGUUUGUAAGGAAGCAUCUCUUUCUUGUCCUGUGAUAACUUACAAUCAUCGCCGACUUAAAGGCUUCACGUUCAAAAUAAUUCACCUUGCAAGCCUGAUAUCCUGUGGUUUGCUAUGUCAGAGAGACCCUCGAUGCGUUUCAACAAAUUUCAGAAAAGUUUUCAAAAGUGAGGGAACCUGUGAGUUGAACGACAGAGGAGUUCUCUUUACUGAGAAAGGAAACGAAUUGGAAUACAACGAGGAAGCAAUUUACACCCAAUUUUACGACACGAAGGUAACAAAAAAAAUCUCGAUAAAAGACCAAGAAGAAGGUGUUAUUGACUCCUCGAGACACUUGUCUUUCAUUUGUGGUAUGUUUCUCAUAAAAUCUUCAUAUUUCGACGACAGAUGUGACAACUUUCCAUCUGUCAUAUUUUUCUUUGAAUGUUUUUAUCGUUUGGUCCUAAAGUAGUUUGACCUGUAUGCGGGUAAAAUGGUGGUUUUUCAUCUUCUUCUUUUAGAAGCGAAUAGUUGAAAGUUCUUAAAUAAAUUCAGGUGGUCCGAAAGUAGGUCAUACGGAUUUAAUACACAAAAUUCAGUAUAAAAUUUAGCUUGAAGCUAAAACUUUCAAUAUGUAUCUAAAGGCCUUCAAUUAGCUCACUUGUGCAGUCUCCAUUCGGUGAUGAACCCGGAAGACUAAGCGAUUUCCCGAUAAAAUAAAAAAUGAAUGAUUUUUUUGUUUUCAGCACCACAGUCAGGCCUUCAAGGAAGAUUUAAAAGUCGUCAACUGCAAAUGUAAGUAGCGUUGGUUUCGAAGGGUAUUCUUGAGAUUAAAGUCAACGACUUCGUGGUUAAAUUACAAUGAGUUACUUGUCUCAGCUGCUUCUUGUCUCUCCGCCAAUAGGCGCGGAGUCUGUCGUCCUCGCGAACCUUCGCGGACCCUCACAAACAUUCCCCGAACCUGCUUGAAACAUUUCGAUUCUUACAGUUUCCUUGAAAGUCCUCGAAUGCUCUCAAAAAAAUUGCUAAAGAAAAUGUUGCCUAGGUUACUUCUAAAUCAAAGUAAAAAUCAAGGCUUUAAUUCCCAUGAGUGACAAUGACAUAAUUUCUCCUUACAAUAACCAUACAAUAUCAAUCAGACAGGUGAUGAGAAUAAUGAAGAAUAUAAGUUUGAGGAUUUUCUAAUUGAUCCGGCACCAAAUUCUCAGAACUAGCAUCAUAAGAGUUGUAUAGCAGACAGUAAGGAGAAUUAGUAAUGAGAUUUUGGGCACUAAAGGGUAAAGGACAGAAGAACCUGCUGAAGAAGCCGAGGACACUCACUGCGUUAUUCACAAUUUCAAAUGCCGAUGUGCCUACCAAAUGCAUCGCGAAAACAUGAUAGCGUUGAGUCAUCAAUAUGGGAAGCAAUUUAAACAUAUCCAGAAAUUAGACAAGGCAAACUUCAGGGAUCCAAAAACUAUUGGAUACUCCAUCGGUGCCGCAGUAAAUUUUACCCGUUUUGGGUACGAAUUUUCAUUUGUAGUAGAGCUUCGACCAUCACGUGUAAGUCGGAGAGAUUUAACUCCCGUGUAAGUUUUUAUCGUUAUCAAAUUUUUUAUUAUAAUGCUUGAGAUAAAGUGGGAAGGUGAGACUGCACUUACUUUUAAAUUUCCAUUCAAACGUUUUCAAAAUCCUCCUUUUCUUUCUAUUCAACCGUUCUCAAAAUCCUCCUUUAUUCUAUGAUAAACAAAUCAAUGUCUGUGCGAUUGCAUUUGUCUGUCUCAAUUUCAGGUGCGGAAUCACCAAAAGCCCCAGUUCCCCUCGGCAUGGAAAGUGGUGCUAUUUUUGACUCACAGAUCACCGCUUCCUCCCUGUUUAAUGAUAAUGUUGCCGCAUCGAAUGCUAGAUUACAUUUUAAAGGAUCCGAAAACCCGCUUAGACGUGCUGGCUGGGUAGCUGGAGUGAAAAACACUAACCAAUGGCUGCAAGUGGAUCUUCAGCGAACCACAAGGGUAAUGGGCAUAGCGACGCAAGGGAGACAUGAUUUCGAUCAGUGGGUUACCGAAUACAAGCUACAAUAUGGCGAUGAUGGACAAACUUUCAGAGUUUACAAGCGAAACGGAGACAUAUCAGAUACGGUAUGAAAAAAUUUGCUUAAUUGAAAAAACCUUUUUGCGGAGAAAAAGUUCCCAUGAGGAAUAGAACCUUUUUGUAUUCUGCAUUCUGAUUCUCUUCCACUGAGCCACAAAGCAGUUACACUAGGCUGGGCCAUAUACUCUCUGUCAUUGAACCAACAGAAAAGCAUUCACGAAAGUUAUAGGUUAAGAGUAACUCGUACUGUAAAAAACGUACGUGCGUACUUACGCUCGUUAAUUUUACGCCCAAAUAUAUUCUACUCAGGUUUUCCCAGGAAACAAGGACAGAGACACAGUAGUUUACCACGAUCUUAACCCGCUCAUUUAUGUUCGCUAUGUCCGAGUUCUUCCGAUGGCAUGGAAAUGGACGAUCGCUAUGAGGAUUGAGCUUUAUUCUUGUUAA